GCGGCGAGAACCUCAAGACACGGGAAGGCCCUCUCAACUUCGUCUACCAGAUCCACGAUGCCCGUGUCCCCACCAUCAGUGCGUACGAGGCCAUGACGAACCCAGAAGCCCUACUUACACUUCAACGGGUAGCCGAAUACAUCGUACACAACUACGCCCAGCUCGAGGAGGUGGCCCUAGCGGCACUUGCGUUCUUACGCGGAUCAUCACCGCAGCUUGCACGCGCCAUCGAGACCGACCGCUCCAAUUACUUCGAGAGCAUCGCCAACAGCGCAAAGGACGCCUACAUCAACGACGACUCCAGAAGGACAUGGGCUGACUUCCAGAGGUUCCUGAGGUGCGGAGCCAUCGCAGAGCACUCGAAGAUCAUGGUCCCGCCUGACGUCGCCGACAAGUGCAACCACCUCGCCAACUACGCAGCCACCAUCAGAACGCUGUACGACACACCGCUCCACAUCAUCAUCACUGAAGAAGAGACGAAGCGCCAGUUCACGCAGGCGAAGGAAGGAAGGGGCGGGGGCCCUGAUAACCUCCUCGAUGAGUACUGCAAGAUCGCGCCGGACGAGAUGACCAUAAUCGACCACCCACUCCUGGGAAGGGCGCAGCUGGCGACGGAGCUCCACGACUUGCUGCGCGACAUCAAUAUUCUCGAACCAUUCCUGCCCGCACUACAGAUGGCCAUGGAAG